AAUAUAUUCGGAGCAACUCAGAGCCUUCAAGGAACAGACUGACAUGGAAGUCAAUCUCCUUCACGACAGCCUUAACAACAUUCGCACAGCCACUUCUCGCCUCGACAUUGCCUCCGCUGCACUCCACGAUCUCUCGCUCCGUCCUCAAGGCAAGAGGAUGUUUGUGCCUCUUACUGCGUCGCUUUAUGUUCCUGGGACGCUUGAUGAGGCCGAUAAGGUCUUGGUGGAUGUAGGCACUGGAUACUUCAUUGAGAAAACAAUGGCUGAUGGAAAAGAUUACUGUGAGCGAAAGAUCAAAUUGCUGAGGUCGAAUUUUGACCAACUAAUCGAGCAGAUUGUAAUUCUAAAAUACGCAAUGAAUUUGAUAUCAAACAUACAUACAAUAUACAUUCAUCCAUCAGCAAAAGUAUAUCACACUGCAAAGGUUGAUUUUUUAUAGCAAGAUGAACUUUGGUAGAGCCCUCAUCUCUUACCAAAUGAUGAAUUUGUACAACUAAUUAGGCAAAAUCAGUUAUCGAAGUCUCGCGUUUGAGUAACAUUUCUCUUGAUUUUAGAGCUGAAUU